UAACAAAAGACAUAUACUACUUACUCAAUUAUAUAUCUUCUUGUACAUAAAAGACAACUUUAAUUUGUAAAAGACAAAUGGUGAUCGCCUGCGAUGAGCUUGAAGGUACUCUUCAUCAGGUCAACACUGAGAGUUCCAUGGACAAACCAGCCGGCAGAUCAUCCUCUGGAGGAUGGAAAUCGGCUAGGCUUAUCAUCGGUGUUGAAAUGGCGGAGCAGUUUGCCUUUUGCGGUAUAUCGUCGAACCUGAUAACGUACUUGACGGGACCAUUGGGGGAGUCAACAGCUGCAGCUGCGGCCAAUGUCAACGCAUGGACUGGAACAGUGUCGUUUUUGCCUCUUCUCUGGGGCUUUAUUGCUGACUCGUUCCUCGGACGUUUUCGUACCAUUGUGAUCUCGUCUUCUCUCUAUAUCUUGGGACUUGGGUUGCUGUCUUUUUCAGCCAUGACUACUUCAAACACCAAAGAUUCAAAUCAGUUCCGAGUAAUUCUCUUUUUCUGUUCUCUGUAUCUUAUAGCAAUAGGACAAGGCGGUUACAAACCGUGUAUUAAGGUAUUUGGAGCUGAUCAGUUGGAUGGAAAUGAUGUAAAAGAGGCAAAAGCCAAGAGUUCUUACUUUAACUGGUUGAUGUUUGGAAGUUGUGUUAGCAUAUUGAGCACUCGUUUGGUCUCUAGCUACAUUCAAGAGUACCUAAAUUGGUUCUUAGGUUUUGGUAUUCCAAGUGUUUUCAUGCUACUUUCUCUGUUUCUCUUCCUCAUUGGAACUAAGAGUUACCGCUAUAACACUACAAGAGUAGGAAAGAAGAACCCUUUUGCUAGAAUCAUUCAUGUUUUCAUUGAGGCUUUAAAGAACAGAGGACAACAAACUUUAGAUCUUUAUAACCCGAACGAAACCUUCCUUCUCCUUGCUGACCAGAGUUCCAAGCAAUUCAGAUUCCUCGACAAGGCAGCGAUUUCGUGUAGUUUGGCUGAAAUCGAAGAUGCCAAAGCAGUGCUUAAGCUUGUUCCCAUAUGGAUGACUUGCUUAGUCUACGCUGUUAUAUGUGCACAGUCCCAUACUUUCUUCACAAAGCAAGGAGCCAAAAUGGACAGGUCAAUAUUACCAGGACUCUUAGUCCCUGCAGCUACACUCCAAUGUUUCAUAAGCCUAACAAUGGUCAUUUUCAUCCCACUUUACGACCGUCUACUCGUCCCGGUGGCAAGAUCUUUCACUCAGAACCCAUCAGGAAUCACAAUGCUUCAAAGGAUUGGCACAGGGAUCUUCCUCUCCAUUCUUGCUAUAGUAGUAGCCGCCUUGGUUGAGACUCAAAGGCUCCAGACCGCUCGGGAUGAUGUCAAAAUACUGAUGAGUGUGUGGUGGUUGGUUCCGCAAUACGUUAUCUUUGGAGCCGCAGACGUGUUCACUAUGGUGGGUUUGCAAGAGUUCUUCUACGACCAAGUCCCUAGUGAGCUUAGAAGUGUUGGCAUGGCUCUAAAUCUAAGCAUAUACGGGGUCGGCAAUUUUUUAAGCAGCUUCAUGAUAUCAAUCAUUGACAAAGUCACGAGCCAAUCUGGUCAAACGAGUUGGUUCGAUAACGACUUAAACCAGGCUCAUCUAGAUUAUUUCUACUGGCUACUCGCUUGUCUUAGCUCCACUGGUUUAGCCUCCUACUUGUGGUUCGCUAAGUCGUAUGUCUACAAUAGACCAAACACUUCUAAAAACGUCAUAUAGUCAUCACUCAUCAGUCUUCUUUAACUGAAUUUGCUUUUGAGAAUUGUGAUAGCAUAUUCGGUAUCUAGGUGUAAAUGGUUUUCUUGCUUUAUUAAAAAACACUGAAUUGUUUUUUCCA